AUGUUACAAAGUGUCUUGGUCAAACAGAGAAUGGUUGCAGAUUAUGUCAUCAACAGCGAAGCAAUAAGAAGUCAUAUGAGUGAAGAGCAAAUGAGAGUUGUCAAAAAAGCGGUGUUAAUAAGCCACGCUUCAUUAAGUCGUAAUACUCUUGAUAGAGCAAAAACACUUGCGAUUAGUUACAAAAGCGCAAAAGAACAAAUAAAUGAAACUAACACAAGGCAGCGCGAACAAAUAAAAAGAGAAAGUAAUCUUUUCAAGUGCUUGGCCAUUUCGGUUGACUCUACCACCAAAAACGACAAAGAACUGUUCUGUGUAAUGAUGAGGUUGGUUAAAGGUCGGUUUGUAUAUACGUUGCCUCUUGCAGAAUAUA